AUGGGGGAUCCAAGUUCAAGCAUGGAGGCGCAACCGUCUGCACCUUCACCACCAACGCCUCCACCGCAGCCAACGCCGUCAAUGUCUCUGGUUCAUCCAUCAGCCAAGAAGAAAAGCAAACAUGCCAAGGUAUUUCGCGUUUUUCGUAAUGUUUUCCGAUCAUUUCCGAUAAUGACACCCGUAUGCAAACUCCCCUCCCUCUCCGGGGGCUUAUUACCGGACAGCCGUUCCGUCGCCGGCUCACGCAUCACAGGCACAUUGUUCGGAUGCCGGAAAGGCCGUGUAAGCCUGUCCAUUCAAGAAAACCCUAAGACCCUCCCCACACUGGUGGUGGAGUUAGCCAUGCAAACCUAUGUGUUGCAAAAGGAAAUGAGCCUUGGAAUGGUAAGGAUCGCCCUCGAAUCCGAAAAACGACCCGAAAAAGACAAGACGAAGCUCUUGGAGGAGCCAUUAUGGACAAUGUAUUGUAAUGGAAAGAAAUCUGGCUAUGGCGUGAAGAGGGAGGCGACCGAGGAGGAUUUGAAUGUCAUGGAAGUUCUCAAGGCGGUGUCAAUGGGGGCCGGAGUGUUGCCGGGGAAAUCCGAGGCGGAAGGACCGGACGGUGAAAUGGCGUACAUGAGGGCGUAUUUCGAGCGUGUUGUGGGAUCAAAAGACUCGGAGACUCUAUACAUGUUGAGCCCUGAUGGGAACAAUGGACCUGAAUUGAGUAUUUUCUUUGUAAGAAUAGGUUGA